CUGUUCAGACUGUGAUUAUUCAGCAUUCAUAGCUGUUCACCAUGUCUAUGUCUUUGUCUUUAUCUUCUUCCAUGCUCUCUGGGGGAUUUGGAGGUCUUGGCCUGGCUCGGGCUGGUGCAGGUGGUGGGGCUAGACUGGGUCUGGGGCUAGGAGGUGGUGCUGGCUUAGGUGCAGGGCUUGGUCUGGGAGGAGGAAUGGGCUUUGGUGGAGGUCUCGGCUUUGGCAUUGGUGGAGCACUGGUUGCCAGUCCUGCAUUUGCUAUGGGUCGUGCCAUUGCUGCAGGAGGGCUCAGUACAAGCUCUGCGCUUGCUGCUGGCUCUGCAUCAGGUGUGGCUGUGGCCCCGAUACUUUCCAGAGAGGCUGAGAAGCACACACUUUCUGGGCUCAAUGAUCGCUUCUCUGGGUACAUGGCCAAAGUACGGGUGCUACAACAGGAGAAUGCAGCUCUGGAGGCCAAGCUUUACCAGCUGACUGGUGGGACAGACGUGUACCAAGAAUCAUCCGGGGCUACUAUAGUGGAGUAUGAGGCCCAGCUCAGCGAAUAUCGCAGCACACUGGAAACUCUCACCAUUGACACUGUCAAGUUGGAGAUUGAACUGGACAAUGUUCGUGGCACCACCCAUGAACUGAAGGCUAAGCUUGACUUUGAACAGGGAGUGAAGUUUCAAAUUGAGUCUGACAUUGCUGCCAUGAAAAAGGACAUAGAAAUGGCCUCUGACCUAAGAAUCAAUUUGGAUGCCAAAUAUUCUAGCCUGAAAUAUGAGCAGGACUUUGUCACCAAAACACAGUAUGAGGAACUCUCUUCUUUGCAAUCCAAACUGGGCACAACAACAAUGGACACUUCAGUCUCAAUGAUCGAAUUAGACACUGGCAAGUCAUUUGACAUCUCUACAGCUCUCAAAAUGAUGCGAAUGAAAUAUGAGAAAUCUGUUCAGCAACACAGUGAGGAGGCUGAGGCAUACUACAAACUCAAGAUGGACGAGAUGCAGAAAACCAAUGCCAAAAACACAGAGGCUGUGUCAUCUUUCAAAGCUGAUUUCACAGCAGCCAGGAAAGAGGAGCAGACACUGAAUUUAGAGCUGCAGGGGCUUGUUGCUACAAAUAUGACUCUAGAGCAGAACUUAGCAGCAGUCCAAGCUCAGUCCAGUGUGGGUGUUGCUGAGUACCAGGCACAGAUUGCUAGCCUGACAUCAGCCAUAGAGUUGGCUAAAGCAGACCUCCACAAACAGAUCCUGGCCUACCAAGAGCUGCUGGACAUCAAACUCGCCCUAGAUGUCGAGAUCUCCACCUACAGAAAGCUGCUGGAAGGAGAUGACUUCAGAAUGCCAGAGUUCACAGAGACAUCCUACACUUUUUCAGGGAGGGCUUUGCCCCACACCAGCACACCCCAGGACUCCCCCCUUAACUCUGCCCUAAAGGACAUACAUAAUAGAUACAUCCUGACAGAGACAUCAGUCAUUUCUGACGCUGACGAUACCGAAUCCUCUUGAAUGCUGGGAGGUGUCCAGGCAAUACAGGCUUGAUGAAAGCAGACCCCCACAUGACCUCCAGCCCAAAAAUAUGGAGUUCCAUCACCUGUUCCUCCUAUAAAGCUGCAUUUUUGAUGUAACUUAUUAUCUAUUUGUUUGUAAUUUUUCUCAAUAAUGUAAUCAGGCAAAUGCAUUCAAUCAUUGUUAUACUGCUUAGUA